UUGUUUUGCAAUGUCUAAAGGCGAGGUCUUAAUUUGUUUUUUAAAACCCCAUCAUGUUCACUGACCCGAAGAUGGGCUGCUUACUUUCCGUGGAGGUCUAUGGGCUCAACCAUGUGUUAACAUCCGAGGUCUUCUUUUCUUUGGAAUCAGCACGCACAAAGGUAAAAAUACUAAAAAGAAUCGAAAUACGGGUAUCGGAACUAAACGCACUGUUAAUGCAUUGAAAGAUUUGGAUGCGAUUGACUACCCAACGAUGGUAAACUGAAAUUGGAGUAUUAACUGAAUUCCGAUUGUUGUAGUUUCAGUCUUGCGUUUGUCCGUCGCCGUCGUUCAAGUUUAGUACGCUCGCGGAAUUGAAAAAUAAAAAUGGACACUUUGAGGCACACCAGCUUCGUUUUCUGGGCUUUUUUUAUGGUGACGAUGUUUUCGUCAAGUUCGUGUAAUCCUGUCGUAGACACUUCAACGGGCCUUGUUCGCGGAUUGCAUUUGGAGUUUGACGAUGGACAAUCUGUGAAUGGUUAUAACGUUUAUAAAGGUAUACCGUACGCUGAACCCCCUGUGGGACAGUUGAGGUUUAAGGCACCGGUCGCCAAAGCUCAAUGGGACGGCGUAUUCAACGCGAGCAGUUACGGUCCGUCAUGUCCACAGCGAAUUGCGGACGUGGCUACGUUCUACCCGGAGUACGUCGUACAGAUACCGGAAGAGUCUCUUGUCGUGGCUGAGGACUGCCUGACGCUGAAUGUUUUCUCCCCGUCUAACGUUAGCGAGGGAAGCGCGGCGGUGAUGUUGUGGAUCCACGGGGGGAGUUUCGAGAAUGGACAGGGAAGUGGUUACGACGCGUCUGCUCUGGCCGCCCGUGGACAGGUCGUGGUGGUCACUAUCAACUACCGGUUGAACGUCUUCGGGUUCCUGUGCACAAACGACGAGAGUUCACCGGGAAACUACGGGUUACUGGAUCAACAGCUCGCCCUGAAGUGGGUUCACGAGAACAUCGCGGGGUUCGGGGGCGAUCCGUCCCGUGUGACACUCAUCGGUCAAUCGGCCGGUGGAGCGUCUGCCUCCUCGCAUCUUUACUUCAAUGAAAGUCGCCCGUUGUUCCAACGCGUUGCGGCCCACAGCGGCUUCUACAGGCCUGGAUUUUCCUAUGGAAGAGCUGAACAAUUAAAUGAAAAAGCCCGAGAGAUUGCAGCCGACGUCGGUUGCUCUUCCACCUCGACAAGCGAAGAACUGGUGGACUGCCUCCGCGGGCUUAGCAUGGAAGACCUCCUGGCCGCUGCGCUUCGUGUUUCGGAUACAUCUACAUCACAAAUAUUUUCUCCUGUUUUCGACGGGAUAAUCCUAUCCCCAACUACAGGCUAUUUGAAUCUGCAACAUGAUAUUAUGGUCCUGCAUACCUCCGGCGACGGCUCUACCGGCUUGGAAGUUAUCAAUAGAAUCCUGCAGAUUCAAACCAAUCCAGCAGAAAAUGGGAUCACUGAGAGCGAGUGGGAGGGCUUUCUUAAAUAUUUCGGUAGCAUCUCGAGUGUGGCUAUAAAUUACGAGUACCUUGAUCGGUCAAUAGAGGACGCGAACCUGGCACGAAUGAAAGCUCUAACGGAGCUGUUUCUGGACUCCAACUUCCUCGCACUUCUACCGGGUGCGCUUGAAGCUUUACCCAAUGCAUCGUCAAUCCAUGUUAGCGUCUUUGAUCACCGCAGUGCAGCUAACACAAAGUGGCCGAAUCUUGACGAUCUCGUCCCACACAGUGAAGAGAUAUCGUACCUGUUCGGAUUGCCUUUUAACGGCUCUGGUCUCGGGUCGCUCUUCACGGACGAUGAACGGGCGCUGAGCGACCGAGUCAUCAAGUACUGGUCCAACUUCGCUAAGAGCGGUGAUCCGAACGUGGAUCCCGACCAGACAGCGUCUUCAGAUGACGGCCUGACAUUCUGGCCGCAGUAUGGCGACUCCGAGACGUACCUCCUCAUCGGCUCGACGGACAGUACCGUCGGUGAAGGCUACAGACGGGACAAGGUUUCCUUCUGGACAAGCUACAUCCCGUACCUUAGGUUAGAGGCGAUCUUAUCUUGUAUAAAACUGCCCGGUGAGGGCGAGAGCAGCUAUUAUUCAUCAUACGAGGAGAGUGACGUGACGGAGGGAGCCGGUCCGGACCAACUAGACUGUGACGAAUUCAUCUUUGGAGACAGUUUGGGUUUCAAGGUGACCAUAGGUGGAGCAGAGACACUCAUUGAACUUCUUCUCUUCGCCAUUAUCGCCUUAUUGGUCAUUUUAGUGCUUUCAUUUGGUGCAGUGCUGGGGUAUAAGUUCAAGGGAGCCCAGACAGCAUCAAAAAAAGACGUUCCUUCUGACGAAGAGGAGAAACGUUUGGCGGUCAAAGUAAACGAAGGCUUUGAAGAUGACUCUAAAAUUUGAAAAGAUUUAUCUCUUUUAUAAUUAUAUAAAUAUAUAUAUAUUUUUUUUUAGUAUUGUGACCUGUGGUUUAUUUAAGGGUAUCUUUAAAGAUGUGAACAUCGUGAGCAACAUCCAAAAGGGCAACAGAGAAGCACGUUUCAAACAAAAAAUCAACAAAAAAACGGCCAUAUUUUUGCACAUAAACAACACCGUAGACAAAACAAAACUACAUAUUGUUAUUUUGUUAUUUAAUUAAAAUAUAUUUCUCUGAAGGAAUAGUUUCUAACAGUUCAUUGUAUUUAAAAACCUUUAAUAAAACACCAAUAGCUAAUUGAUAGUAAUUGAUAUUGAGCCAACUCCCCUGACGUCAUCAACCACAAUAAAUCUUGAGCCAUCAGGGCCCAAUUUCAUGGCUCUGCUUACCGUAAGCACAGAAUCGGCGCUUACGGAAGCAGGGGAUUCUGUG